CCGACCGCGACCGAUGAAACACUGAACCGGACGCGUCAACGAAAUAUCAAUUGCGAGGCGCUGCGCAGUCAAUAGCGCAAUAGCGUUGCCGUUGUGUGAUCGCCGCGACGUUUGAUUGUCGGUGGCUCGGACCCGGUCGUUUAUCGCGCGGACAAACCGUCUACGGCAGACACGACAGUAUUUUCGGAGGCUUACCGCCGGUGUAUCUGGUAAGUAACGGGCGUUUCUCAUUUUUUUUUUUAACAUUAUUCGUAUAGUCUUCGCUUAUUAUCAUUAUAAUAUAAAUACGACACUCGAAUUUUUUUUUCGCGUAUACUACUCCGUUUAAAUGUAAAAAUUAAGAACCUACACCUUAAGUAUGUCUUUGAACGUCAAUUAUAAUGACGCACCGAGUAAAUCAAUAGUAUGCGAAAAUUGCCGUAAUUGUAUUUUUGUAAAUUCAACAGGAUUACAUUAAAUAUUUAUCUUUUUUUUUUUUUGUUACUUUCAUUGGUAAACAUUAUAUGUUUAAUGCAUCGUGGUGGUGUUUUCCACAUUUAUCGAUUAUAAUACACCGAUGUUAUCUGUAUUUUUUUUUACCUAUGUAAUCAUAUUGCAAUUAUCGUUACAUAAUUCCAUAAUUAUAUAGGCGGUGGCGGUUUUUAGGGAGGAUCCCGCCCCUUGAUGUUUUAUCAAAACCACCGCCGUAUCCUAUAUACCGUCACUGUUCGGUUUUCACUUCGUCGUAGAACACAUUCUGUUCGUCGAUUAAUGAACUUAUUUAUUGAAUUUAUUCAUCAAUCGUAAAAUCGGUUUAUUACACACCAAUCGAUAAAAUUAACUUCCGUACACCGCGUGUGUUCGAGCGCCGUCGAUUCGCCGCCCGAUCCAAUCCGUUAUGGUUUAUAACCUUAUUUAUUUUUUUAGCGACCCGUUUAACGUUCAGCGAACGAUUUUCAUUGGUGUGCGGAUACUUUACUUUCGGUAGAUAAUAUUGUAUCGACCCGGCCAAAAUGCACGGUCAACGGCGGCGAUCGACUUUGUAUACCGACCACGCUUCCCGCCUUUUGACGGAACGGCACUGCUCGGACCAGUUCUCGCCCAGCAGUCCGUUGCUCAGCCAAUGCAGCCACUACAAAGAGGAACAGAUCGAAGCACAAGUGCACAAGACUUUUCCCUGGGUGAGUGAUCGAGAGCCUCGGUUUCAUACAUUUUUUUUUUUCGCCAUCAAAUUUUAAUUCGUCAAUUACAAAAUACCAAACGAUAUUACAAUAUAGGCACCAAUACUCUUGCGCAUCACGCAUCGCUGUUACAUUGAAACGCUGUUGUACAUUACGCGUUUGUAAUAUCAUUUACAGGGUGUCGCGUAUGUAUCGAUGUGCAUUGUAUGUAUGGCGUCAUACGAUCGUCUCUGUGUAACUCCGCCAGAAAAACUACGAAAAUGCACGUACCUAACUCGUUAUAAUAUUAUCGUAAACAUAAACAUGUAGCUGGGUUUCGAAUAGUCGGUCGUUAAUAGGCAUCUAAGUCAUGAUUACCUAUAAUAAUUACCUGCACGUUGAGUACCUAAAUAUUCGAAUAUUAUUCUCGUCGGUUUUUUCCACGCACAAAAUUUGAAUAUUUCAUUGCCAUGGCGUGGAAUUUAUUUAAUAUGUACUUAUCAAAUAAUGUUUAUUGCGACAGAGAUAGCAAAUAGGCGUGUGUCGUUGGUGCGCCUAUGAUAAGCUACAAUACUUGUGUGUAAACGCGAACAAAGCAUUAUUAUUGUUAUGGAACAGUGGUUCUUAACCUUUUUCGUUUCGGCGUAAUAAUCUACUGCCAACGUCCCCUCACGUAAAACCAUAGGCUUGUUAUUAUUGUCCUGCUGGUAUUGUGCCGAUAACCUUUUUUUUUUUUUCCGCUUAUCGGUCUAUAUACCGAAUAUUAUAGGAGUCUCGGGCGACCCUAAAUCCGGCCCCGAGUAUAGGUAACACAAUUAUACGUGUGAUCACGUGUCGCUGGACGCUGAUGCUUUUGAAUUCUAUAUUUUUCUAUCAUUAUUCCGCAUUUAAAAGCUCAUCGCCCCCCCCCCACCACCACCACCAACCAACACCUCCUUAAAACCUAGUGCUCAUGUUAAGAACCACUGUAGUAGAGUGAAAUCCUAAAAAAUAUCAUCUACGAGGCACUGUUUAUAUUAUAUACGACACUUUUAAUAAUCUACGGUCGUUCCACGAAUUUUAUUACAUUACAUCGACUGUGUACAACGAAACAAACAUAUAAUAAUAACAUAAUAUUAUAUUCUCGAGAUAAGAAUUCAACAAUAUUAUUAUUAUUUCAAACAAACGGGUUUUAACAUCGCGUCUUAAUUAUUGUUUGUGCAACGAAUAGUUUGAUUUGAAAAACUAAAUUUUUAUUUCUUCAUCGUUAUUAUUUUCAUUACACCAUUACUAAUUUAAUUAUAGAUUGCGAAGAAAUUUUCAUUGUAAUAUUCCACGGGCAGAAAAAUAUUCCAUUGGUACGGUUUAAUUUGUAUCUUCGGUGAGAUAUAGGUACGUAAUAUACGUAAUAUACGAAAAAAUUCCUUGGUACAAACUGGUGUACGAUAUAUUUUGUACCGGUUUACCAGCACUUGAUACCGAUUAUUUUACACCAGUCAUAGAUAUUCGACGAUGGAAAUCUGUGUGUAUCCCCACCAUUGUCCAUAAUUAACAAUGAUAAUACUAUCAAUUAAAUAUUAAUCAAUCGUUUAAAUUAUUACCUAUACUUCCAAUUCCCGCUAUUAAUACAUUAGUAGUAACUAGUAAUUAAUUAGAAUAUUAAUUGUUAUCAAUUAAAUUAUUAUUAUUAUCGUUUAUCUGUUCGUUUAUUAUGAUGAAAUAAGAGGACGUGAAACCGGUAUAAAUAGUUUGGACCAUUUGCUCGUGAUGGUGUGGAAAAAUUAAACCGGUGUCGUUAAUUUCAACACCGGUUACUCCGGAAAUUUCUCAAAUUCACACCGGUUUGAUUUUUAAGGGGAAAUUAACACCGAUUUGUGCCUACGAAUUUCUUGAUAGUGUAAAGUACGAGCAGGACCGCAUUUGGGGCGAUGCAAUGGGUGCAAUUUCACCGGGUGCAGAUUUUUGGGGGCGGUUUAUAAUAAUAUUGAACUGGAUAGUCGUUUUAUAUCUGUGGCGGAUCCAUAAAUAAUAAAAAAAAUGGAUAGAACGCCACCAAUUAUUUGCUUUUUAAAUUUUCGGUCUCUACUUGGUUCACUAUAGUUCUUCAGUGACAAGCCAUUAUGAGUCUAGAGAUGGGCAUAACCGACUAUGUCGGUAGUAUUUUGUAACUAAUUUUAAGUCAACUAACGACUACUCAUUUUUUUUUCUACCACUAAGUAGCUACGACUUAUAAUGAAUCUCCUGUCAGUUUAGUCCAAUCAUUUUAUCCACAGAGUACCUACCAAAUGAAAAUUACGUACAAAAUUUGCAAAAUUAAAAAGUCAAUAAAUAGCUCAAAAAAGGUUCAAAUGUUACCACGCCUAGAAAAAGCGAAAAUAUAAAUAUUUUAGCUGCCAUACCAAGUAGCUCACAUAUUGUGCGAAGUAUGUGCGUUUUUUAAAAUAUAUUAUACUAUCUCAAAAUAUCUGUCUCACCGACUGACACCAUUAUUCACUGCCGUGCCGCGACGCUCGACGCCCGACAACAAGCCAAUUUAUGAAUAAUAUUCAACUAAUACAGUUAUUGAACAGAGAUUAAUUGAUUAAUACACUCAAUUAACGAUUAAUGAAAAAUGUUUAGUCGUCUAACAAAUAAUGACUAAUUUAGUCGACUUAUUUCAAAGAUUUUAUAUUGGUUAUAUAUAUAUAUAUAUAUAUAUAUUUGUAAAUAAUAAAGAUUAAACCAAUAUUUUUAUCUUCUUCAAACUGGUUGCUAAAAAGCCGGAUCUAUUCGAAAGAGGUUGGUGGUGCGGGGUUCUUGACAGAGUGAUCAUUCAGAAGAUUCCUCAUGCGGGUGCAGUUGCGGCAUAAUUUCUUUUAGAAAUUUAUGUAGAAGUUCAAAGUGUUAAUAAAUUAUAAUCACGACCUCUGCAAAUAGUUGUGCUACCACAUUAAGCGAUCAAGGGUCAUAUUGACUGACUGACCUUUGGACUCUGGUUAUGUUAAUUAAAAGUAUAAUUUUUGGACCAAUUGGCAAAGGAUAUUGCCUCCCUCUCUCUAUUAGACGAACCAAAUUCGCCAUUGCGCGGGUGAGACGCUUGAAACAUCAAGAAAAAGACCGUUAUUUUUUAUUUAAGAGACUUAUGCGUCGAAGCCGAUGAAUUGUUUUCAGUUAACAUGAAACUUCAAUGAAAUCAUUAUUAUUUAGUAAUAAUUUUGUUUCACACCGUCUUGUAAAUUUUAUUUUUCUUCGUUACUCCCUAAAAUAUAUGUAUAAGGUUAUAAUUUCGUGUCACUAUAAUAUAAUAGAAUAUUAUUAUCAGUUCUAUUGUUAUACUGAAAUAGUGUCAAAUCGACAAAAUAUCUCAAGUCAACCAGCCGUCGAUGUAUGGUAUGUACUUGUUGCGCAAAAAGGAAAUGCAACUGCAAAACUUUGUGCAGGAAAUCCAGCUGUAUCACGUAACUACCCAGUCAAAGGGCAUAACGUCGCUGAAGAACGGACUGAACUGGCGGCUCACCAAGCGCUCAAAGUUCGGACGUGGAGUGUCGUUCAGCGACGACUGUGACUAUGCCAACUUUUACGCACAUUUUUCUUCGAGGGAAGGUAAACAACACAUUAUUUUAUGAAAUGCUUAUAACUUUUGUAUAUUAAUAUAUAUUCAUAAGACUGUGUGUCGACUGCAACGUUAUCUAUCACUUUUUUUCUCGUUUUCUCAGUUUUCAUUCCAUAACCCUAUCGGUGCACAUAACUAAGUUGGUCCACAAUACGAACCUAGAAAUAAAUAUUCAAAAUUAAUAAUUUUAUUUAAAUAUACUGUAAUUGUUCUUGAAUCUAAAAUAUCGAUGCUGAUUGCUAUAAAUAUUGAGAUUAUCCUUUAAUAUACAGUCAAAUUACUUAGAAAUAUUUUUUUUUCAGUUUGGAAAUUUUCUUUCGGAUUUUUUCCGUUUACCAUUCAUAUGGAAUAAUGGUGUAUGUAUUUUAAUUGUUGAAAACUUAAAAUACUACAACUAAUAUAGAUCAAGGAAUCAUGCAUACACACUGCAUAUUAUUUUAGUGUCAUCUGUAAAUAAUUGUAGAUUUUGCCAUGAUAAAUUGGCCACGUGUUUUCUUAUAUAUAAAAUUAUCGUGUUUAAAUGUUCGUUCCCAUACUCCUCCGAGACGGCUUGAUCGAUUCUCAUGAAAUUUUAUAUGCAUAUUCAGUAGGUCUGGGAAUCGGCUACUAUCUAAGUUUCUAUGCUCUGCGAUAAGUGGUUCCGGAGUUAUGGCCACUUAAGUCAAAGUAUACUAGCACGCACGAUAUUCAACAAUUAUUAUUUUGCCAUAGAGAGAUAAUAUACACUCCAUGUGAUUGUUUUUUAUUAUUGGUUUCCGUGGCACCCGGGUGCCAAUAACAAUUGAGAACGGCUGGGCCGAUUUGGCUAAUUUUGCUAACCUAACCUAACCUAUGUACGUGUGUUUUGCACAUAUUUCAAUGCCAACAAAACGCAAAGGGGCUGAUUUGAACCGUAAUACAAGUAAAUCUCGAAGCUUGCGAAAUAGAAGAUCCGAAAGAACCGAAGAACAAAUCCAGCAACAAAAUACUGAUGCACGUGUCAGAAUGGCGCAAUUGCGUCAAGAAGAGUCAGAAGACACACGAGCUGAACGCAAUGAAGUAAUAAGAUUAGAACAACGACAAUCACGCCGUUUCACAGUCAAUAGACGCAGNAAAAAAUCGAGGACAAUGAAAAUUUAAGAAACCAGGCUGUAAUCACACGUACUAAUGAAAGUCAAGAGCAACGCAAUGAACGCCGUCGAGCUAAUACAUUGAGACAGACUGGCCUGUCAACGAGUCACCGACACAUUAUAAAAUAAAACUAUUAUAAUUUUUAUUAUCUCUAUUAUUUACACUAUUCAAAUAUCACAAUAGAACACAUUUAGGCCGCCGCAGGUGGACUACCCACUUUCCACCUAUUUGUUUUCAUUCAAUUCUAACAUGGCCAUUCCAAAACCAAAAAUGAAUAUGGGUAAAAUAAUAAUAAUAAUAAAAAUUGGCACGGGCAACGCCGGGCGCGGGACAACUAGUUAUCUAUAUUAUUGUUAUAAACUUGUAACGCUAACCUCUAUUCACCGUGAGUUGACUCACUUCCGUGUAUGUAUACUGAACCGCCGUGGUCUGUGAUUGGUCGGCGGUGUUUGGCGAUCUUCGUUGUAGGCCGCAGGCUGCCGCCGCGACUGUUCAUACAGAAGGUGUUUUUUGGAGGGACGGAGGUUUUUUCGAAGGGUUUUCGUCUAUCGAGUAGGUCAACUUACGGUGAAUAGAGUAUAGUUGUCGUAGAUAAGUAUGUGUUCCAUAAUCGGGACGGUAGAGGUUUCUACCGAAUUUGUUACCUCUGCACGUCUAGCGCCCGGCAUCGCAGAUUACCUAAUUUACCUUUAAUUUAAUUUGAUUUCAGACAAUCGUGUUAUAAUCGUCUGCACUGUACUAGUGGCCAACAAGUGGACGGUCAAGGGGAACUCUGGCAAGGAUUUGGAAGUGCCUCCAGAGACGGCCGAUACCACUAUCAGCCCCAACGGUCGAGUGUACGUCAAGUACAACGACUACGAGUUCUGCCCGAUGUUUGUGGUAUACUACAGGUGCAAACACGAAGAUUUGUGCCAAAGCCGUUAUUUUAACGGCAAAAACGGUCCGCAAAGUAUUGUGGGUAAGGCGAAAAUAAAAUAUGUCCCAGUAGUCGACACGAAGCUCCAGAAACAGAAAGAGGAGCGACAACAGGAACAACAGCUGUUGAAGCAACAGAUACAGUGGAAGUCACAACAGCAAGAAGAGCAACGGCUGCAGCAAGAACAGAAACGACAAGAAGACCAAUGGCGGUGGCAGUGGAAAUUGCAGCAAGAAGAGAAUCAACGGUUGCAACGUAUUCAACAGGAACAGCGGCAACAGCAACAAAACAACAAUGGGUGCCUUAUACUUUAAUUUGUAUGACAAUAUUACAUACAAAUUUUCAUUUAUACAGGGUUUUUCUAAAUUUAUUAACUAAGUGUUAAUUUAUUAUACUUUUUAAUGGGAUAAAGUUAAAAAAUAUUUGUUCAGUAUUUUCAUAUUUUCUACCUUGUUUACUAAUUUAAAACUGUCCAUAACUAAAACAUUUUAAAAAUUAUAUCAUAUAUUGAUAUAAUGAAUCAACAAUUUAUGGCUAAUACAUAUUGGAAAAAAUAAAAAAAAUAGUUUAAUUUGUUUCUCCUAACUUAGUGAAAUCAACUAUAACAAUUGCUGAUACACGCUAUAUAAUAUAAUAUUUUUAUUUUUUUGCUUUUUUUUACAUAUUCUUACAUUUUUACUCAAAAUUAAUAUAAUUCAUAAUGUUCCUUUGUGGUAAUCUGUCCAAUACUCCAAUACUCCAAUACAAUGUGCUCAUUAUAGUGGUUCUUAUUUAGGUGAUGGUAAAAUUUUUGUUUUGACACCCUCUAACUUUAGCUUACGCUUCCUAGAACCAUUUCUAAGUCCUCUGUAUCAAAAUAAAGUUUCUCAUUUAAAACCAAUGGGUUUUUUUUAAAAAAAAUUCAGAAUAAACAAAAAACCCAUGUAUUUUAAAUGAGAAACUUUACCUCGUUACAGGAUAAUGUAAGAAUUAUCCUAAGAAGCUCAAAUAGGGCUCAAUAUUUAUUUCUAUUUUUUUUAGAAUAAAGUUAGUGGGUGUCAAAACAAAAAUUCUAUCAUCGCCGAAAUAAGAACCACUCUAGUGUAAAUACUGCAUAUUUAAAUUUAAAAAAAAAUUAUAAUUAAUAUUAUUAUCAUAUACAUACUACCAAUUUUUUUAUUACAAUGUGAACAGUGAGUAAUACAUUUUUACAUAAAAUUGUAUUCAAUUAAAUUAUGAUGUUCAUUUUUUUUUUAAAACAUUUAAAUUUAUUUUUUCUUAAGUAUGUAUAAUCUUAGUUUAUUACAUUAAUAAAUUAUGAUUUAAGAGGGAGUAAUAUCGGCUUAUGUUGUCUCUGUCUUACAAACAUACAACAUUACAAAUUUAUGUACAACAGAGACAACAUUGUGCUGUUAGUUUUAAUACUAGAGUGAAUUGGCCUAUUAUCAAACUUAAAGAUAAGAACAUUAACUGUGGCGUGUCAGGUUUUUAUUUAGGUAAUUUUUUAUUUGUAAGCGUUAUAUAUGAGUAUGAAAUAUUAUAAUUUUAAAAUGAUCAUAAUCUCAUUUAAAAUUAAAAUAAUAAAAAAACAAUAACAUGAUACAGAUUAUGUUUUUAUUUAUUUGUAAGUUUGAUAAUACGUCAAUUCACUAUAAUAGUACAGAGAUCACAUAAGAUAAUGGCAUCCUCUUAAAUAUAGUAGAAAAGACAUAUAUUAAAAUGUUGUUUGAAUGCAGAUAUAAUAUUCUUUAAUACUUAUAUCCAUUAAUAUAAUCAGUCAAUCUAUCCCAUACUUUAUGAGGUCUAAUAAUCCAAAUAGGGAGAAAGUAGCCUUGGUCUCCAAGUAAAAAAUACCUUUUGCUCUGAAAAAGUAACAGUAUUUUUAAUGGAUUCAUUUUUUUUUUUUUAAACAUUAUUUUGAAAAUAUCAAGAAAAUAUUCCUACUAAAGUAUAGUAUUCCAUUUAUUUAUAGUUUACAACAAUAAUAAUAUAUCUACUUAAAGCAUUAGCAUUAACUUAUAAUUAUUUUAAAAAUAUUCUACUACUCAACAGGCAGAUGGUCAGCUUUAAAUUUAAAUGUUUCAGAUAUUGAUGACAUACAAUAUAAACCCAAACAAUACUCUUAAAAAUAUAAUAUUUUAUGAUAUAAAAACUCAAUAAACACCAUUAAUUAAAUAUUGCUUCAAUUGAAAAAUGCUUUGUAAUAUUUUGAAUCUAGAUGCUCAUGAAAAAAGUAAUUUUUUAUUUUCCAAAUAGUUUUUUUAAUAAAAAAACGAAAAAAUAAAGUUGGCAAGGUAAGAUACAAAAGAGAAUUUAGUGUGUGAACUAUUAUUGUUUACAGAUUGCUUUACAGAAGCAUUGCUAAUAAAAAAAAACGAUUCUGAGCGAAGUUCAGUUGAUAGUGAUAUUUUGUUGACAAUAUAUAUGUCAUUUUAUGGUAAAAUAAUUAAAUAUGCAUUAUAUAUUUUCUUUAAUAACAAUUUGUUUAAAAUUGUACUGAUUUUUCUUUUUUUCCUACGUUUUUACCGGUUUUCUCAUGUUUUUUCCUAAUUUCUACCAUUUUUAGAGAAAAUUCUGUAAAAAUCAGAAAAUUACUUCCCCAGUGAAAUUAUCUUUUUGAAAAAUUGCUAUCAUUAGAAGUUGGAGCAAAAUUGCUGAUAGAAAAUAAUAAAUAUCUUUGUAAAACCAUAAACUUUUUUUCCAAUUAUAGAAUCUAAAUUGAAAACUAAUAAUUUAUGACAUUAUGAUUCCUUUAUUUAAGCUUUUUAUGGUUUAUGUUUUCUAUUAGAAAUAUUGUUCCAAUUGAAAAACAACAAGACAGAUUUUUAUUAAUUUUUUAAUUUAGUUAGUGAUUAAGAAAGUUAUUUUUUUAUAAUUAAGCAAAACCGAAAAAGAACGGGAAAAUUUACGAAAAUAAUGCUUUUAUUAAUUAUUUUAAAUUUUGUCUUUUAGAUUUUGAGUGAAGCAAAGAAGCCUAUGGUAUUACAAAGAAGUUUAUUUACUUUUUUUUUUCUACGGACAACUUUUCUAUCAGCAAUUUUGUUCCAAAUUUUAAUGAUAGCAAUUUUUCUAAAAGAAAAUUUCACUGGGGAAGUACUUCAAAGAGGCCGUUUAUCGAUUUUCUCCGGAAUUUUCUCAACAAAUGUAAAAAACCGAAAAAAAAAACAUGGAAAAACCAAUAGAACAUUAAACAAAAUUUAAUUAUUAUUAAAGAAAAUAUAUAAAGCCUAUUUAAUUAUUUUACUAUAAAAUGACAUAUAUAUUGUUGACAAAGCAUCAUUGUCAACCGAACGCCGCUCAAAAUCGUUUUUUCGUAAGCAAUGGUUUAUCGUUGCUUACAGGUAUAUAUUAAAUUACCUAUAACAGUGGCUGCACCUGUCUCAAUUAUCCUAGAAAGUUAUUUUGAUGCAAUUCAUUUAGAAAUAUUCGUAGAUUUGACAUUUUUAUUUGCCUUUUCUUGGCACAUAAUUUUUGAAAACAUUUGUGCUAUUUUUGAGCUAUUUAUAGACACUUAAAUUUUGCAAGUUUCUUGCGUAAUUUUUAUUUAAUAGGCACUCUGUGGAUAAAAUUGUUUGACUUAACAGAAAUGUUUAAACAUUUAUCAGGUGAUUCAUUAUAAGUAAAUAAAAAAGUUGACUGUAAAUAGUAUUUUUUUUCUUUUAUAAAAGUUAAUGUCAAAUUUUGACGAAAAUCGUGAGUAUAAUGACCGUUAAUAACUUUAUGUACCUUACCUUUCCAACUGGUAAUUUUCCAUCUAUACAUAUAACAGUGGCGCUCUCAUCAGCAGUGUAGCUCUUUUAUUUUUACGGUUUAUAAUUUCACUGAACAAAAAAUAUGAAGGCAAUCAUAAGAAUAUAAUAAGGAACUAAUAAGGUCUUAGUUUAUAAGGAGAAAAUUAAUUAGCCGCGAAACAUAAAUUUACAUUUACUAAUUAUCGAUAAACCAUUAACCUGAUAUUACCCUUGAAAACAUUAUUUUUGGUCCACCGUAAUAGUGUAAUAAUACAAUAAUACAAUAUCCUCUACAAAUUAUAGGUAUGUAUAUCCAUAAUAUAUUACGUUAAAUUAGAUUUUGAGUUGAAUACUUUUCUGAAACUAAUAUUAGGUUAAAUAGGCACUUAAAGACUUGAAUACUCAUAAAAAAUGUUACGGUAGUUAUUUGGGUUGGUACCGAGUAUAGUAGUAUAGUAUACACACAUUUGUCUAAGUUAUUUUAUAAGUUUUAUUUUUAAGCUACAUUUAAAAUACAAUUUUUAUGAUUGUUACACAUUAUACUAUAGUUAAAACUAAUAAAAAUAAAAUAUUACCUACAACUUUUA